AUGGCUAGUCUCCAAAGAAUUCAUGUGGCUCGACUAUUCAUCUUCUGUAUUAGUGCUUCCAAUUCUUUCAUUCAUGGGACAGAUGCUGGAGCCAUUGCCUUUCACUUUCCUCCCAAGACUAAUAUCACGGGGACGGGAGAUGCUUCCAUUUCUGAGAACAAGAUACAAUUCACCAAGAAUCAACUAAACUUCGCCCUGACCUCCACCCUUGGAUGGGUAAUUUAUAAUGAUUUUAUUCCUCUGUGGGAUAAUUCUUCUGGAUCUGUGGCAAAUUUUUCUACCCAUUUUCAAUUCAUCAUCACUAAGGCUUAUGAUAGAAAGGCAGAAGGGGACGGAUUCACUUUCUUCCUCUCCCCAUCUGGAUUGAACAUUUCGAGUUCUAGUCCGACACAAUAUCUUGGUCUUUUUAGAAACAAAACAGAUGGAAGCAGCUCGAAUCAGAUUGUGGCCGUGGAAUUUGAUACAUUCCAGAAUGAUGGUUUUUAUCCGAAUGAUAACCACGUGGGAAUUGAUGUCAAUAGCAUAAAAUCGAAGAAAAGCGUAUCACUAGAUGGUCUUUUUGGCCGUUUUCCACAACACUACUCUAAAAACGGAAGAAAAUGGGACGCAUGGGUGGAUUAUGAUAUAAAUCUACUCGUGCUUUAUAUCAUAAAUCUACCUUUGUGGAUUAUGAUAGAAAUGUAUGUUAUGUAA